AUGUCUUCCUAUCUCGAGAAACAGCAAAGGGCCUUCAAGGGCAAUGUUGCAUCUGCUGCCUCGAAGGUUAAUAACACGAAGCGUCCCAAUGGCCUUACAUCUAAGCCAGAGGCUGCACCUUCUCCAGCUCCAUCCAAUGCCUCGAACGCUUCAAAGACUGAAAAGGAGAACAACAAGCGCAAACGGGAUGCUGCUCUGGCAGCUUCCAAUGCUAGUACGGUUUACUCCCAGCCUGCUCAGACUGGCUACGGCACAACAGCUUUCACUCAAGUCACCUAUGUAAUCGACUUUUUGAAAGCCAAAGAUGAGCCCAAGACAUUUGAGCAGAUUUUAGCAUAUCUGAACCAGAUGAAAGCGACGGAGGAUAGCAAAAGACUGAUUGCACAAAUUCUAAGGCGUCAUGAACGAGUAACGUGGAGCCCAGACCCGGCACUCAAAGCUCAGUCUUGGGACUCUGGUACAUUCGUGCACCGGCCACUUAUCAACGUGCGAAGCAAGAAUCAGCUUAUAAGCUACAUACAGGCCAAGACUGACGCCCGGGGCAUUCCAGUGAAGGAACUCAAAGAUGGCUGGCCGGAUUGUGAAGACGCGAUUAACGAACUCGAAGCGGAACACAAGAUCCUGGUGACUAGGACGAAGAAGGAUAAUCAUGCUCGGAUGGUUUGGGGCAAUGAUCCGAGCUUGGUCCACAAAGUUGAUACGGAGUUCCAAGUGAUGUGGAACAAAAUCGAGCUGCCAAGUGUCGACGAUAUCGUACGGAAACUGAUGGACGCGGGCCAAAAGCCAGCGAGUGAAGAUCCAAGCAAACGUAUCAAGGCCGCAGCUAAACCAAAAGAGAAGAAGAAGAAGGCCCCCCGCAAAGGUGGCAAGGUAACCAACUCACACAUGGCGCACCUCCUUGUGGACUACAACGGCAAGUUCAGCAGAUGA